GACUGUGUUCGCGACUCACUUCAAUUCAUAUCUAGUCCAGCUGAUGCAAUCAUCAUAACUCGAUACGUUGUCUCGUCAUCUCAUUAUUGACUAUACAAAUCAUUAAAUAAAAACAGUUGUAAAAUCGAAAAAAUAAAUCGUUGAACUAAAAAUGGCAGCCAAGCGUUACACGUCAUCGGAUUUGCCACUCCAUCUCGGUGGAUUGACCCUCGUUGAGAAUUCUGAAAAUCCUGUAAAAACUGUGAAAGACAACGCUUCAAAUCUGAAAAUUGUCUACUUUGAUGUUCAAUCAACCGGCUUCACUGGUGGUGCCGAGGUCAUUCAACUCGCAGCGCGAUAUGAAGAUCGUGAAUACUCUGAUUACGUCAUGCCCAAGGGGGAAAUUGCAGAGGAGGUGGCAGAUCUGACAGGGCUAUUCGUAUCGAAGAAUCGUAUGCUCGAUUGCUACAACAAGUGUCAGCCAGUGCCUGCAGUAUCCAAAGACGUAGCUGUUGAGACCUUUGUGGAAUUUUUGAAGUCAAUUGGCGAGAAAGUGCUCCUCGUUGCUCACAAUUGCAUCUAUUAUGAUGCUCCAAUGCUCAGUGGGCUGAUGUAUGAGGUGGACAAGGUCAGCGACUUCAAAAAAAUUGUUUUUGGAUUUUCUGAGGUACUUGGGCUCUUCAGAAAGAAAUUGAAAGAUGGACGUGACGAGAAAAAUGGAUUCAAACUUUCAAAACUUGCUGGAGAUUUUUUACAUGAGAAAAACAAGACUCGACUCAGUUGUUCAUGUGAAAUGGCUUCACAGACUUGUCAAUCAUCCUCGUAUCAAGAUCUCUGCUGCUGAGUUGAUUGAUAAUCAUAAGCCUGCAGAGGGUAUCAUCAAUGAUGCUACCGAACGUAAAUGGAAGCAUGCCCUGAGAAAGGAUCUUGAGAUACUCAAGGUCACAAUCAGUGAUAAGCAUGAAUUCGUUGGACUCGAAAACGAAACUAUUGACCGUAUCGUGGAGCACGGAAUUGGCCUGCAUGAUCUUCACUCGUACUGGAAGCAUGGAGGUGAAGACUACGUCAGGAUGAUUAUUACUACUCCAGUGGACGGCAAGGAAGGCAAACCAGGGUCAGUUAUUGCUGAAAACAAGGAAGAGGUCCAGACGAUUAUUGAUAAUCUUGCUGUUGUCUUCAAGCAUGGUAUGAUGAGCAUCCUUGCUAUUGCUGAAAUCGCUCGCGAUCAUCCUGUCAUCACUGAAGGGCUCUAGAGCCAAUAAAUACAUGUAUGAGACGUUUUUGAUUACUUUUUUUAAUUUUAUACAAAUGUGUGACUCUUCACAUUAAAACUUUUCAUUUCAAUGCGAGUUAACGGUAUAAUUAUCAAAAAUAUUAUUUCUUCUUCAUUAUACUAUAGUAGUUGUUGACUGCAAAGUAUUUUGUUUGAUUUAUUAUCAAGUGUUAUGAGUGUUAAUAUGAAUCAUGUCAUGCUCAUGUUUAUUCAUAAGUUGGAUCGAUAAAAUUAUUAUUUCAAUACAUUUGUCACCGGCGAAUGUUGAUUAUUUACAAUUUUGUUUUAUUAUGUAAGGGAAAAAAUUUCGAAUAAUUUGAGUUUUGUUAUAUUUUUGAGAGA